AUGACGUUCGACGGGCUCAAGUAUGAUUGCCAGGGCACUGGCGAAUUUGUAAUUUUGAAGUCCGAAACCAGGCCUGAUUUUGAAAUCCAAGGCCGAUUUGUAAAGUUUGUUCCAGAGAGGAAACCCACUGUGACAAAGUCAGUAGUCAUCCAAGCUGGAAGCAAAGUCCCAAGAAUUCAGGUCAACGUUCCUUCUUCGGCAAAGAACGGCCUUUGUACGCCCUAUGAGUAUUUGAAUAAAGUGAAACGUGACAUUGCUGGACUCGAUGAAGGACAAGCGUCCUUCCAAACCGAGGUCGUUGUCUCUGGGACGACAGGUGAGACUCUCUUCACAUACGAUGAAGAUCUGCAUGAGAGCUUUGACGCUUUCGAAGACUGUGGAGCUGAGGGCGAUGGCGAGACCAUUGUUUACGUGGAAAAAGAACAAACAAACCAAAAAAGUGAACUAUCAAAAAUUUGUGGAGACGACUAUGCCUGUUAUGUUGAUGGCUGCACUGGAACUAAAGAAGAUGCCCAGAAGCUGAUUGAAAGUGACAAUGAAGAAGCGGACUACAUGUGUGCUGAGCAAAUUGAAUUUGAGGAUUUCGGACCCCGGCCACUACUCAGGAUGCUGGGGAUCAGUGCAGAACAGGACAAUGCAUUUGGAAGCCCCUUCCUGCGUUUGCACAAAAGCAAUCAGAAAUCUUCAAAGACAUUACCGUUCUCAGGAUGCCGAUGUGGUCACCCUUGA